UAAUGUCUUGUACAAUAAUGAGAAAUAUCCAUGGCGGUUUAAUGAGUCCAUUGUGCUAGAUUAACCAAUAGAAAGGAUUUAGAAAGUCAAACACUUUUGCUACAGAAGAGUGAGUGUCAUAUAAAACUACAAACUCAUCAAAUUCUCUAUCCAAAUUGCUUUCUUCCCAAACUGAAAUCCCAAAUUCUUGCUAACACUCUCACCAUGAAUCCAAUCCUUCUCCUUCUCCUCUUCUCCCUUCAGGCCACCCUCUCCCACGCCACCACAGCCUACCCUUCCAUUCCGGGCACCACCCCCGUCGACGUCUCCUCCGGCGCCACCGCCACCAACCUGAUCCCCCCUCGCCGCGAAGUCCACGGAAACGGCCGAAUCUUCGACAUCAGCCACCGCUACACCCCCGACAUGCCGGCGUUUGGCUCCGCCGACGGCGUCGGCCAGUUCCUCUGGCUCCCCAACAGCAUGAAGAACGGCUCCAUUGCUAACAACUCCGAGAUGAAGCUCCCCACCCACACCGGGACCCACGUCGACGCCCCCGGCCACGUCUUCGAUCACUACUUCGACGCCGGCUUCGACGUCGACACGCUCGACUUGGAUGUCCUUAAUGGUGCGGCAUUGUUAGUUGACGUUCCGAGAGAUAAGAACAUUACUGCUGAAGUCAUGGAGGGCUUACAUAUUCCCAAGGGCGUGCGUCGUGUACUUUUCAGAACUUUGAACACAGACAGACGGCUUAUGUUCCAAAAGGAGUUUGACAGCAGCUAUGUGGGAUUUAUGAAGGAUGGAGCUAAGUGGUUGGUGGAGAAUACUGACAUCAAACUGAUUGGAAUUGAUUACUUAUCUGCCGCUGCAUAUGAUGAUUUGAUUCCGUCUCACCUUGUUUUGCUAGAAGGCAGGGAGAUCAUUCUUGUAGAAGGUCUAAAACUUGAUGACAUCCAACCAGGAAUAUAUUCUGUCCAUUGCUUACCUUUGAGGCUGACAGGUGCAGAAGGAUCACCAAUCAGAUGCAUUCUUAUCAAAUGAUGGUCUCCUUUAUAUGCUUGAAAUGAUGAAUGGCCCCAGGAUAUGUUUCAUUGAAUAAGAUGCUAAAGACCCAGUUUUGAAGCAUGACCAAUGAAGAAACAUGGCAACAUAUAUUCCUGAAUGUAUAUAUAUCCAAAUAUUUAUAUUCGUAGUUUCAUAACAGAGUAAUAACUUUAUCUGGUAAUUCCUUCAUGUAUUUCAUUAGUACAGUUAAUGUUAGAGAGUUUCAAGAUUUGAAUA